AUGAAAAGUCAAUAUGUUGUUCCGGAUAUUGCUGAUUUUCGGAUAUCUAAAGCAAAAUGUGAGCAAAACGAAUAUGAUAUUUUGAUUUAUGUUAAAAAUAGUGAAUCAUUUAGUUGUUUAUAUGACGAGAAUAAAUGGCCAAAUCUAAUUGGAGAAGAGAAGUUUGUCCUUCCUCUGAAACCAUCCAUUCCUCCUCAACUGUCAAUCGUUAUUAAAAAUGUUGGCUAUCGUAUUGAUUUCGCAAGUUUUUGUGAUGAUUUAAAAGCCGCGUAUUCAGGUGUUGAGAAGACUGUUCGACUGAGGAACAAAGAUCAAUUUGAGACGAAAUUAGUCAAGGUUGAAUUCAACAAUGGAGAAACUAGAGAUAAAAUUUUGAAGCGUGGUAAAAUUAUUGCGAAUUAUAUAUCUUAUGAUGUUGAUGAAUAUAUUGGUCAGGCAAAAGUGUUGAUUUGCUCGAAGUGUAUGAGCAGAGGGCAUUUCAAACGUCAGUGUCGACAAGCUCAGCAUACAUGUCGUGUUUGUGGAGAUAGAUAG